UUCUAUUCAUUUGUGUUUCUUUACUGAAUUUUUUUUUAUUGCAGGUGAUAGUAGAUUACACAUGGCUUGAUUUCUUAAAUUGGUUUCUAUUCAUUUGUGUUUCUUUACUGAAUUUUUUUUAUUGCAGGUGAUAGUGGAUUACACAUGACUUGAUUUCUUAAAUUGGUUUCUACGUGUUUGUUUUUCCUUCCCCUUCCAUGUUGUCAUCAACGAUUUCCUCACCGCUUACCUUCAACACCUCUGUUUUCUUUUGCUCUUCUUAGGAGGAUCGUCCGCUUUGUUUCCAGGUUUGUCCUCAGCCAUCUUCUAACAUCUCUAUAUAUUUUCUUUUUUCUAAGUCUUCUUUCCUUGCAACAUUUUGGUUUCAAUUGUAUAUGUUGAUGUGUAAAACUGUAAGAUGCGAAAGCGGAAGUUUGCUUUUAUUGCGCCUUCUUCGUCUUCCUCUGUUGGUGGGUCCGUUCCCAAAUCUGCUAGAAUGGAAAGAUUGAAGAAGAAGAUGUUGACUCCCAGUUCAUCUGGUUCCAACGCAAAGAAAGAGGAGUUAUGUGAUUGUCAACUCCCAAUUCGAAUAUGCACAUCCAAGACUAAAGACAACCCUAACAAAAAGUUCAAAGUUUGCCCUAAUUCUCUGAAACUAGGUAAGAAGUGUAAGUAUUGGGAACAGAUUGAUGAAGCUGUGACUGGGAAUCCGGAUUUAGAACAAGAACUUGAAGCAGUUAAAGAGGAUGUUGCAUGUUUGAAGAAAAAAUUUCAAGAGCUGAAGAAUAAAGCACAUAAUUAUAAGGUUGAAAUCAGUUGUAAUAUUAUAUGAAAACAAUUUGAAUAGAGUUUUGUAUGAUGUAUUGAAUUGUGGUAUUUUGAAUGUAGGGAUUGAAUGGUUUAUAUGGAAUGUACUGAAUAGUUUAUAUUAAAUG